UUUGUUUAAACCCUGCUCACGAAAGAUUGUGCGAGUUUCAAGGAAAUGCCUUAUGCGGAUAUCUCGCUAGUUUGCCUACUGUGAAAAUUAAAUAAAUUUCCACUGCUCCUUUCCUUUCAGUAUUUUAUUAUAAUAGUAGUAGUAGUGGCUCAGUUCUCAUGCCAAGUUUGUUUAAAUUUCAAAGGUAUUUGUUCAUUCAACUAAGCAUCUUCGUAAUUGUAUGCAUGAAUGGUCACUUCUUAGUGCCCCUUUUAAACACCAUUCUUUUUCAUUCAGUCUAAGCGUCUUUGGUCCUCUUCUUCGCUUCUGCUUAACAUUAUUUCUCUUCCAAUUUCCAGGUACUAUCUGUGGACAUGGAGCUGAAGGUGAUUUCUGAAGAAGAUUCAAGUUAUGACAGAGCAAAGGAAGUCAAGGACUUUGAUGAAACAAAAGCUGGGGUUAAAGGACUUGUUGACUCUGGUGCUGUCAAGAUUCCCAAGUUCUUCAUCCAUCGCCCUGAAAGCCUCCUAAACUAUACUACCAGUAGUAGUGAAGUUUGUUUCCAAGUUCCGGUGAUAGAUCUGGAAGGCUACGAAGGUGGCCAACGACGGAAGGAGAUAUUGGAUGGAAUCUUAGCAGCAUCAGAAACAUGGGGUUUCUUUCAAGUGGUUAACCAUGGAGUUCCUGUUGGCAUUAUGGACAACAUGGUUGAAGCCGUACGCCGAUUUCAUGAGCAACCAAAGGAUGUGAAGAUGAAAUGGUACUCCAGGAAUUAUAAGCAGCAACCUGUUAGGUAUUUCUGCAAUGGAGAUCUCCUUGUAAACAAAGGAGCUGCAAAUUGGAGGGAUUCAAUAGCAUUUGAUUUUCAUGAUGGCCAACUUGACCCCCAACUUUUUCCUCCAAUAUGCAGGGAGGCUGUAAGUGAAUACAUAAAACACGUGAUUGAGCUAAGAACGACAUUGGCUGAACUUCUAUCGGAGACUUUGGGGCUUCACAGUGACUACCUCGCCAGCAUAGGGUGCAUGGAAACCGAAUCGCUUGUGUGCCACUACUAUCCUGCUUGCCCUGAGCCAGAAUUAACGCUGGGUGCAACCAAGCAUUCGGACCCAUCUUUCCUGACCAUUCUCCUUCAAGACGAUAACAGAGGCCUCCAAGUUCUUCAUCAGAGUAACUGGAUUGAUGUUCCUCCUCUUCCAGGCGCUUUUGUGAUUAACAUUGGCGACUUCAUUCAGCUCAUCACAAAUGACAAAUUCAAAAGUGUGGAGCAUAGGGUGCUAGCAGGACAAGCACCAAGGGUAUCAGUGGCCUGUUUUUUCUAUCCAAGCACGGAAAAUAAACAUAAACCAUAUGGACCAAUAAGAGAGCUUCUGACAGAAAGUAAUCCACCUAUAUAUCGGGAAACUCAUGUUACUGAAUACAUGGCCUAUUUCAGAGCCAAAGGUCUGGACGGAAACUCAAGUCUUCCUCACUUCAACUUACAAUGCAAUUAUACUACUUAACCAUCAUUUUAAGAAGCACGGAUGUAAAGUAGUCUGUUAACUUAGCUAAUAACACUCUAUGAUAUCCAAUUUCCUCUUUCUCAUGUGCAGUUGCUGCAUUAAUGGUGAAUGUUGAAUCUACAUGUUCAUAAGUAAAGAACCAAAGUUUAAAGUAGAAACUGCUGGAAAAUAUCCAGCUUAAGGCACCCGAGAUUGGAUCAUUAUCAGAACUUGCAAAUAGCUGAUGAUGUCUAAUAUAAAUUGGGAAAGGAGAAAAGAAAAUGGUAGAUGGCAUUUCCACAAACCAUGAAGAACAAAAGCAAAAAUAAUCUUCAGUAAAUGUUUCGUAAGUAUGCCUUCUCUUCUUUUCCCCUAAUUUAGAUAUUCUUUUAGGGGCUGGAGGGCAAAGACUAGGUCCAAAAACCAUAAAGCCAAUCUAAAAUCUCAAAACACGCACAAUAUGUUACACUAACAGCCAAUGUUACUACUUCCAAGAGUUGACAAGCCAUUGCAGCUAGCUUGUAGCCUUGGAU